CGCAGCUCUCAUCUCUCGCUCUCUCUCGUUUCUCAGUCUCUCACUCUCAUCUGAUCAGUCUCUCACACUCACUCUCUCGUUUUUCACUCUCUCACUCUCAUCUCAUCACUCAUCUGGGCCGAUCAACCUCGCAAGAGAUCGACUCUCACUCAUCGCAAGAUCGACCGAUCGACCUCAUUCUCUCAUCGCACCGAUCGACCUCGCAGGGUUUCUGGUUGGAAGUGAGAGCAAGCUUGAUAUUUCAGGAGUCACUACCUGUUCUCAGGGGCCUCAGGUCUCAACUUGAUAUUAGGGAUAUGGGUCGGGAUGGGGACUCGCUCAUUUCUCCAUAUGUUGUGUUUAGAACUAGGGUUCUCUUCUCAUUUGCACAGUAAGCCUAAGCAGAUUUCAUUCCAACAUCACUCGGAUCUUCUCACUCCAGCAUCGGCUAGCGGCGGCGAUCUCGUCAGUGCUUACCACGGUGGUUCUCUGACGUGUUUAGGGAAUCUUGUUGAGGUCUUGUAUCAACCAUGAUUUACACAGCAAUCGACACCUUUUAUCUAACGGAUGAGCAGCUACAAAAUUCACCUUCUAGGAAAGAUGGCAUAGAUGAAGCAACUGAAACAACUCUCAGAAUCUAUGGUUGUGACCUCAUCCAAGAAAGUGGCAUUUUACUUAAACUACCUCAAGCAGUAAUGGCUACUGGUCAGGUUCUAUUUCAUCGAUUCUACUGCAAGAAAUCAUUUGCUCGUUUUAACGUGAAGAGAGUUGCUGCUAGUUGUGUUUGGCUUGCAUCAAAACUUGAGGAAAGUCCUAGAAAAGCAAGGCAGGUACUCAUUGUUUUCCACAGAAUGGAAUGUAGGAGGGAGAACUUACCAAUAGAGCAUUUGGACACAUUUCCUAAGAAAUAUGCAGAGUUGAAAAUGGACCUGAAUAGAACAGAGAGGCAUCUUCUGAAGGAGAUGGGUUUCAUCUGCCAUGUCGAACAUCCUCAUAAAUUUAUAUCAAACUACCUUGCAGCCCUUGAGACACCCCCAGAACUGAGACAAGAAGCUUGGAAUCUUGCAAAUGACAGUUUGCGUACGACUUUGUGUGUGCGGUUCAAGAGUGAGGUUGUGGCCUGUGGGGUUGUAUAUGCUGCUGCUCGUAGAUUCCAAGUACCCCUUCCUGAGAAUCCACCGUGGUGGAAAGCAUUUGAUGCAGAUAAAUCUGGGAUUGAUGAGGUUUGUAGAGUUCUUGCCCAUCUUUACAGCCUUCCUAAGGCAAAAUAUAUACCUGUCUGUAAGGAUGGGGAUUCAUUUACAACGUCUAAUAAAUCGUGGGAUUCACCAUCUCAGCCAGUUCCAAAGGAAGGUUCGCUAAGUGUCCCGCCUGCAAAUAAUGAUACCAGUACUCCCAAGGCAGCUCCGGCCACAGCUAAUCUGGAAUCUGGUGGGUCCAAGGGUGCACUGAUAAAAGCAGCACUUGACAAGUUGAAAGAGUCUAAGAAGAGUGGUGAUGAUUCUGAAAGCGUGCCUGUUGAGGCAGAGGCAAAAGAAGAACCUGUAUCCAAAUUGAAAUCUGAGCGUAAGAUGGACGCAAGUGGGGAAAGGAACAAGGAGAGGGAUUGGGAUAGGGAGAGGGACAGGGAAAGGGAGAAGGAGAGGGACAGGGACAGGGAAAGGGAGAAGGAUAGACUAAAGGUACGGGACCGCGAUAGGGGAAGGGAUUCUGACAGGGAACGAGAGCGAGAGGACAUUGAAAGGGAAAGAGAGAAAGUCAAGGACAGAGAUCACCGUUCUAAGGACAAAGGAAAGGAUUCAGGAGGGCAUUCAGAUAAAUCGAAGCAUCAUUCAUCUCGAGCUUCUGCCAAUAUUUCUUCUGCAGAUCGUGAAUACCAUGGCUCGUCUUAUUCAAGGGACAAGGAUCGUCACAGACAUCAUUAAUAUUCUUGAAAUCCAAUUUCAAGGUGAGCUUGAUUGAAUCCCCUUUUUUGGCAAAAUUAGUGACUGAAUUCCAAUUUCAAGUGCGCCCACCUUGCAAAGAGCAAAGUUGGCUUGAUCAGUGCGAAGGAUCCAGACUUAACUGAGCCUUUAGCAGAGAACAUUAAUUUUUGUUUUUUUUUCUUUUUUCUUUUUAGGUGCUGCUAUACAUCUACUGAUCUUUAGCAUAGUCUUAUUUCACAGCAUGCAUUGUAUGAUCAUAGAAAUAACUUGCUUGGCUCUUUUUUAUAUUUUAUCUUUUAUAUAAUUUAUUUUAAAUUCAAAUCAAUCACAAGUGUAUCUCAACCGAACAAAAUUGGACAAAUAUUCAGUUACUUGCAACA